UCGUCGUCAGUUCCAUGAUGGCUGAAGAUCCCGGAGGAGCUUUCUUUAAUUUCACCCUCAUUUUUAUCGUUUUUUCGUUACCUCUGCUGGUAAGAUGGCAGGGCACACAGCCUCGAUAAACGGCCAUAGACCCCCGCUGUCGUCAUGCCCAAGAAAGGGAACCGAAAACGGCUGAAAUUUAGAGCCGAGGAUGUUUGCUCGGAGUCAGUAACUGUGGCUGACUAUGCCAACGCCGAUCCCGCCAUCGUAAAGUCGGGAAGAGUUAAAAAGGCUGUUGUUAAUGCAAUUGAAAAAGAAGUGAAAUUACUCUGUGGACUUGAGGCAUCCCAGGGUCCUGUGCAGGAAGUGCUCUCCUCUGCAGCUGGUGUGAGUAAUGCAGCCCGUGAGAGCAGUAAUGAACUGGACUCAGAGGAAGGGGAUGAAAUCAAAGGGUCCCGCAAAAAGAAAAACAAAAGACGCAAAGAAAACAGUGAGAGCAUAGAUGGAGAGGAGUAUCCCAUUGAUAUUUGGCUUCUGCUUGCUGCAUACAUUCGGCCAGAAGAUGUCUGCAGGUUCUCCCUGAUCUGCAAGAAUGCUUGGACUGCCACAUGCACAGCUGCAUUUUGGACACGACUCUACAAAAGGCACUAUAAUCUUGAUGCAGACCUCCCCGAUCGCCUUCAACCUGAUUCUAUUGCAAAGAUGCGUUGUCUUCGUGCACGUGUUAUUCGCUCGCUUUUUCACUUAUAUGAGCCCUUUAGCUUGUGGGUGUCUAAAAGCCCUCCUCUCCCUGAAUCUACACCUACCACACUCCUCAAUUCCAAGUGUUUGUUGUUUUGGGUCAACAAAGUGUCUGGAAGUAGAUCAGAGCCGAUGUGGGAGUUCAACUUCAAGUUUGUGAAACUGCCAACCAAGGGCAAAAACGGAUGUGGUUUGACUCUUCAGCUGCCCAAGCAGUAUAAAGAUGUUCACACUAAUCCAGACUCGGACUGUUAUCUGCUGCGGGUCACUACCCUCAAUUUCAUUUUCACUUCUGUUGUGAUGGGCAUGACGUUAACUUUGUUCACCAUUAAUGUGAGCACAGACAUGAGGCACCACCGAGUGCGCCUGGAUUUCCAGGAUUCACCAGUCAUUCGAGGGAAGAAGUUUAGGGGUGAACAAGGGGUGCAGGUAGUGCUGGACCCUGUCCACAGCGUGCGCCUCAUGGACUGGUGGCACCCUCAGUACCCCACAACCUCAUACAAUUACUGAACUCCAAUCUUCUCACAAAAACAUUGCUGAAGACAAAUGAGGCCUGUUUCAACAAACCCUAAAGUCCUGGCUUUGCAUUUUUUUUUUUUCCUCUCUCCUGCUGAAUUUAACUCGUUGCACUUGGUGUGCUACUUUUUUUUUUUUUUAGUGUGCUGAUCUGAAGUCCAAACUCAAGGUGUCAUGGCAAUGUACAAUAGUCAACAUUUGUAGUGGAUCAAAACCUUUCAUCAAAGUUGUUCUAAAACUAAAACCAAAAUGUGUUCUUGUCUUAGGAAAACUUUGAACUUUUUUUUUUUGAUCCAUUUCAAAUGUUGACUACUGUAUGUGGCAGUUGGGUACUUGCCAUAUUUAAGUUGAUCAUGAUGCCAUUGUCCACCUUUUUUCCUCUCUUCCUAAAUGUUCAAAUUCACAACAGUGCGCCCUCUGAACAAAUUCUGCUUGCCGCCCUCAGUUUUUAUAGCAAAAGUCUUUUCAAAUUAAGUAUGGCAUCUACCCCAGUACAUGGUAUAUAAUUUUUGCCCCUUGAGUAUGGUUUAGAAAAAUCAGCAUUGAGUUCCCUACUUUAUAGCAGGGUUUGCAUGACUCUAAUCUUGAAUCAUAUGUUAAUAGUCAGUUGCUGAUAUUAUUUUUUUUUUUUCGUCAAUAGCAUUCCCAAGGUUCACCUGAACUGUAGAUUUCUUAUUCUGUCUCUCUGCAAAUCUAUCAGUUAACUAUAUGACCGUUCAAUCUAUCAAAAAGGAAAAAAAAAAAGAAAAAAGACAAACAAAUUAUCUAUUAAGGCUGGUCCGCUCUAGAGAUGUGUAGUGUGUAACCCAUUUUGAAUACCUUUUAGCUUGGUGUUAGAUUUAGGGACGAAAGCUAAGAUUUGAUGUAUUCGGUGCUUUCUGUGGAGGCCAUUCUGAGUUCAGAUUUGCUACUUUGCAUGUUUGCCUAGUUAAAUUGCGUCUAAUUGACAGCAAGAGGGCGUUUCUAGGUAUUGUAGAUAUUAAAGUGUCUUGGGUUAAGAGAAUGUUAUUGUUUGUGAUCAAGAGAAUUUAUUAAAUCAAUAGAUAAAAACCAAAGUCAACACUUAUUUCCUUAUUACAAUCAAAUCCAGAAGUUAUGCUUUUGUGAAGUGAAUUCUGUUUCUUUUAAUUUUAAAGCUUGCGUUUUGUUUUAAAAUGGAAAAUGAAGGCACUGAUGUUUCACUUGAUUAAAAUAUACAGCCAUAA